CUAGAGAAAGCCUUUGUUGACACCCACCAGCGCUCUAAAGCUAGGGCUGAGCUCAGCCAGCUUAAGAUGAAGUUAUCCCAGGACUUCAGGGACUUUGAAGCCCAGUUCACCCAACCAGCCAACGAAGCAGAGCUGCCGCUAGACCAAUGGAAGGACGAGAUCCACGAUGCCCUCUCAGGCCCGCUGCCCGUACACAUGGAAAUCUACUGCCACGACCCUGCAAUAAGCUUCUUCGACUACUGCCACCGGGCCCGACAGAUCGCGUUCUCUCUACAGAAGGUAGCCGCA